AAAGCACGGGGCCUUGAAUCUCGUUUACUUUGCUUCCCCAAAGCUGAGGUGAGUUCGCCUGUGCACGAGUGAAGUAGCAGAACUAGAAGGAGAUGAGAGCUGUGAUCAUCCCACGGAAUCCGCCGGUCGGAUACGGAUUCCGUCCCACCGACGAGGAAUUGGUCGAUCAUUACUUGAAGCUGAAAGUGCUCGGAAUCACAGGCGACGUCUGCAUCAUUCCCGAGGUUGAUAUCUGCAAGUGGGAUCCUUGGGAAUUACCAAAAAUAUUUGAGGAGCAAUCAAUCAUUCCUCCUGAUGACAAAGUUCACGAGUGGUGGUUCUUCUAUCUGCAAACGCCACGAAUUCAAAGAUCGACUCCAUUGGGAUAUUGGAAGAAGACUGGUGUUGACAGGACUAUCAAGGCUGGAGACAGGAACAGAGCGAUUGGUACUAAGAAAACACUGGUCUUUUAUAAGCGUCACGGCUCUGAAGGCGUCAAGACCAACUGGGUCAUCCACGAAUAUUAUCUACUGACCAACAAUCUCAAUGAACUGUUUCCACACGCUCCGACCAAGAGCUACGUUGUCUGUCACUUAAAGCACAAAGGAAAUGAAGAGUCUGAUUUUUCAGCACUGCAAUUAAAUGGUGGAGGCAUUAGCUUGAUGGACUUGGAUUCAGGCCUUCGUCAACCUGAACAAAAUAACUCAUUUCCAGAACCGUGGAGUGAGGCAGUUGGAAACUAUUCAAUUAGCUUGGCCGACUUGGAUUCAAAUCUUCAUCAACCUGAACACGAGAACUUAUUUCCGGAACCUUGGAUUCAGGCAGUGGAAAACCCAUCAAUUAGCUUGGUUGACUUGCAGUCAGACCGUCAACCUGAACCUGAGAACUCAUGUCCAGAAUCAUGGAUUCUGGUAGACUCAGCAACGGAGCCCUCACUUCAGCAGGACAACCAAGUUCAAGUCAUUACAUCAAUUCUCCCGCAGACUUCUUUCCAAUCAGAAAUUGACUCCCAAACCGACUUACAUGUUAGAAAUUUCGGAAGUCCAUCUUUUGCGGACCUCCCAUGGGAUGAUGGUGUAGUUGUUUAUAUUGAUGAAUCCAACCAGUUGCAAGUCGGCUACAUUGACAGAGAUCAAAUUCAAACACAGUAUGGCCCAGAAUGUAGCUCAGAUGAUGAACAUGCUGUUCUGAUGAAGAGUCAGCAAGCACAAAUGAUCAAAUCACUCCAUGGUGUAGUUUCACUAGAUGAAAAGAAAGGGUUCAUUGAACAUAAGUUCAAUGGGUUACAUAUCUCCUCCCAGAAGCAUAUGGAGCCUCCAAAAAAGCCUGAAAUUGCAAGAACUUACAGCACUGAUGAAGAAUCGAGGGUCGAAAAGGUGGAGAAGCUGGAACUUGCUGCCAGAAAUAUCAAACCAGAAUGUGUUACUCUGGAUGAAUUAGAAGCCAAAGCAAAGUAUGGCCAGACAUCCAGCUCAUGUAAUGCUCAUGCUAUGGUGGAGAAUUGGCAGACACCAACAAUUGAAACUCUCCAUGGCCAAACAUCUAGCUCACAGAACAAAAAUGCUAUGGAGAAGACUGGGCAAACACUAGCAAUUGAACUACCCCAUGGAUGUCGAGAAGUUCCUCCAGAGGAAAAGAAAAGCUUUGAUGGGAAUGAGUCCAACUGCUCAAAUGUCUUUCCCCCAAAACGUAUGGAUCCUCUGGAAGAGCCUGCAACUGUAAGAAUUUAUAGCAAAGGUGAAAAGAUGAGGUUUUUAGAGGUCAAAAAGCAAGAACUUGCAGCCAAAAAUAUCAAACCAAAUUGUGCAUUAUUGGAUGACUUGGCCACCAAAGCAAAGUCGCAUAAUGAACAUGUUGCGCUAGUGGAUAAUGUGCGAAUUGGAACAGUUGAACCUCUCAAUGGAGUUGCUCCUCUGCACAAAAAGAAAGGCUUCGACAAGAAUAAGUUUGACAGCUUACAUGUCCCCUCCACAAAACAUACGGAGCUUCUUGAAAAGCUUAGAAAGGAAGAUCUGGCAACCAGAAAUAGUAAAUCAGUAUAUAUACCUUUGGAUGAGCCAAUAGCCAUAGCAAAGCAUGACCAAGCAUCUAGGUUCCAUAAAGCAUCUAUUCUAGAGGAGAAUUGGCUGACAUCAACAAAAAAAUCACUCGAUGGUGUUCUGAAGGGAAAAAAGGGCUUUACCGAGAGUGAGUUGGACGGAUGGGAGAUUGUCUCUGCAAAACAGACAGAGCAUCCAAAAAAGGCUGGGAAUGCAGGAAUUUCUUGCAAAUACAAAGAUCCAAGGUUAGAAAAACUCAAGAUGCCGGAAUUUUCAGCCAGAGAGAUAUCAAACCAAAAGGUUCACCUUUGGUUGAAUCAGAAGCCAGAUCAAAGUCACAGAGGAGAAAGCAAUGAGCACAGGGAGGAGACUGAACCAGCCAGAGAGAUAUCAAUUUCAGCUACUCCAUCGGCUGGAUCAACAAGCAACCACGCAAAGAUUAGUGCCAAUUCUUCAGCCUUCAAAAUCACCAAAAGAUUCAUGCCUUGGUGAUACAAGCCUCUCGAUUAAUUUGUGUAUAUAGGAUCACUUGUAGCUUAUCUUCACUUGGAUUGCCAUGCCUUGUACUUAUCUGUAAUGGAAUAAAGACUCUUGCUAAAAGCGUUCACCGGUUCCGGAAGUGAAAAACCAAACUGAGAAGCUUCUUCUGAAAGUGUUCUCAAUCUGCAAACCUCCGUCAUUGCAUUAAAUUUUCUUUUCUUUUCUUUUCCAAA